CAAAGGAGGAAAGGAAAAAUUAAUUAAAUGAAUUCAACUCUGAAUUCGUCCUUUUUCUUUCUUUCUUUUUUCUUUUCCCUCUCUACGGCUCCUUUUCUUUCGUAAUUUACUACCAAUUAGCCAUUGCUCUUUCUCUGCUACUCUCUCCUCUGUCUCUUUACUGAAAUUCCCAGUAGAACCCAUAAUUCAGCUGGAAUUAUCAGGUUGAGUAUCUGAGGGAUGGGAACUUCUGAAAUAGAUGAGAUGCCGAUGUUAUCACCAUCAUAUCCGCAGUCUAAUGAAAUUGAUGGCUUUCAAAAUCAACGUUUUGUGUACAGGACAAGGAGUGCAUCCUUAUCAAUGCCAAUGAGCUCUAUGGAUUCCUUUGGAGAUGAUAGCAGUUUUGUAGGCUAUAAUGGUCCUUUGAGAAGUGAGGGGCGAACUUCAUUGGUUCAUAUGAGCGGGCCAUUGUAUAUUAGUCACAAGCCUGAGAAUAGCUCUCGGCCCACUCCCGCUGCAGUAGUGCACAAACCAACUCUGCCAACAACGGAAAAAUAUCCUUCAAUUGGUAGUGGAGAACAAAAUGGUUGGCCUAAUAAUGACUACACUGGAAAAAAUGAACAUCUAUUGAAGUCUGGUCAACUGGGCAUGUGCAGUGAUCCUUACUGCACAACAUGCCCAACCGAUAACCAUUUGAAAGCACAAAAAAAAAGUUCAAAGUUUUCAGAUAUGUUUGAUCACCGGUUUCACAAUAUGCUGUAUGGAGAUACAAAAGGAUGGGCGGAGAGAACUUGUUCUUUCUUGCAUCCAUAUAUUCCUGGUGUCAUGAAUCCUCAUGCGAAGAUUAUCCAGAAGUGGAACAAAUUUUUUGUCAUCUCAUGCCUAUUUGCAGUAUUUAUAGAUCCCCUAUUCUUCUUUGUGCUUAAUGUCCAACAGGGGAACAACUGCAUAGUGCUAAAUUGGCCCAUGACAAAAACUAUUGUGAUUUUGAGGAGCAUCACUGAUAUCAUUUACUUAGUGCACAUUCUUCUUCAGUUCCGCUUAGCUUAUGUUGUUCCUGAAUCUAGGGUGGUGGGAGCAGGUGACCUGGUUGACCACCCUAAAAAGAUUGCUGCAAAUUAUCUUUCUGGAUACUUUGUUAUUGACUUCUUUGUCGUACUACCACUUCCUCAGAUCAUCUUGUUGUUGGUUUUACCCAAGUCUAUUGGAUCAUCUGGGGUAAAUUACGCGAAGAAUCUAUUGUGGGCAGCUAUACUACUCCAGUACAAUUCUAGGUUGUACAGGAUUUAUUAUUUGGUAGCUGGCCAGUCUCCAAGUGGUUUUAUAUUUGAGUCGAUAUGGGCAACUUUUGUCAUAAAUCUUCUCAUAAUUGUUGUAUCAAGCAAUAUAGUGGGCUCAUUGUGGUAUCUUUUUGGUUUACAGAGGGUGAAUCAAUGCCUUCAAGUUGCUUGUCGUAGCUCAAACAUAGAAAGGUGUAUGGAGUUCAUAGACUGUGGUCAUGGCACCGAUUACACAAAGUUUCGGUCGGAUAUUACAUGGGGCCAGUGGAAGAAUUAUACUGAUGCUUGUUUUACUGAAAGUAGUUUUGACUUUGGAAUCUAUAAACAAGCUGUUGAUCUCACCACCGAACCGAGUGUUGUCACAAGAUAUGUGUACUCAUUCUUUUGGGGCUUCCAGGUAUAUUUACCCAGCCUUUAUGAUUGUGGGACGUAAUCUGCUUAUUUCUAUACCAGCUGUUAAAAAAUUGAAAUUUGUAUACAUGCUCUGGUGGAUCUAUGUAUGUUUUUCUGCAGAGCUAUUGAUAUUUCUAUAUGACACCAGAUUUAAGUAAGACUACUUCUUUAAUAAAGAAUUAUUAACUUUUUUUUUUUUGGGAAUACAACGUAGGUGUCCCCCAACGUAUUGGUCAAGUACUAUGGUAGGCAAAAGGUUCGUUGUUUUGUAGGGACUUCUAGAUUAGAUCCACAUUGCAUGAUCAGUUGUUCAAAUAUUGUCAUACCUUUACCCUAUGUUUAUAAACUAGGGCAAGGAAGGAAGGGAAUAGAAAAUUACCUGUAGGAAAAAUAGCAUGGUUGUCCUCUGCUAGGAUGUAUUAUUAAACCUAAAUUGGGUUUAUCUGCUAAAAACUACGAUAUAGCUGUUUAUGAUCAGGGGCAGAUAUGCUUCGGCACCAGGUUCAUCUGAAUCUCGCAUUUUCGAUGCGGCGUAUGGAUUUUUAUAUGAAAACCCACAAAAUUUCAACAAAUAUUAAUCCCAUAAUUUUAAAAGUACGAUGGGUUCAUUGCUAAGAACCUUAGAGGUCAAACCCAUCAAGUUAUAAUCCUAGAUCCGCCUAUGUUUAUCAUUAUUCACGGGGGACUUAAUUUUACUAAAGAUGAUGACAAUGUGAACUUUCAACCAUUUUCGCAUUGGAGAGAUCGUUUCUUAGUUUGUGCCAAAGCAUAGUAAAGCAUGCAGAAAUUGUUGGGCCCAAAUUGGAAUUAUAGCUCACUUUCCACUUACUUCCUUAAAUCAAACAAGGGAUGGGAGAUUACCUUCCUUUCUUUAUCUUUCCCUAUUUUCCAAACGUAAGACCAGGAGUCGAGCCGAUAUGAUUAGUAUUUUGCAAUUCUAUUUCGUGUGUGUUUUUGGUUUCAUUAUGCUCCUAUCUUUUUUUUUUAAAAAUCUUUUUUAUGUCUUAUAUAAAUUUUAUGUCUUUGAGGAGUUAUCUUAAUUUUAUUUCUUGACUUCGAUACUGAUGUGCAUGAUUCUCUAGUCUCUUCUUCGUGUAAGUGUAAGGAAUCAUAGUUUCAUCAUGCAUUUUGGGUAUACUUUUUUUCUCUUUUUUGUUGGAUGAAAGAAAAGUUCACCAAAGAGAAUCUGAGACUGCAAGGCUGAAGAACAAUUUCAUAUCAUAAGCAGCCCAGUGCACGAAGUAUCCCGUGUUCACGCAGGGUCCUGGGAAGGGCUACACCCAAGGGCUUGGGGUGUGAUGUAGGCAGUCUGCCCUAAUGCAAGCAUCAGUGGCUGAUUCCACAGUUCGAACCCGUGACCUAUAGAUCACAUGGAGACAACUUUACCGUUGCUCCAAGGCUCCCCUUCAAGAAGUGAAAUUCUGUAGCUCCACAUUAUACAGGUUUUGAAAAAGUUACUCAUCAAGCCGAAAAACAACUAUUCUUUUUCCUGUGUUUCUCAUGCCAGAAAACAAGCUUUGAUUAGUUGAUGCGAUUUGAGCACAUACUAGCCAUUACAAGUAAUAUAAUCUAAAGAAGAUGUGGAUCCCAUAAGAAUUAGGUUUUAUAUAUACACACACACACUAUCAAAGCAAUGUUGUUAUAUGUAUGAGAAAGCACGGGAGAAAAUAUGUUAUUGAUAUUGGAUGAUAAAUACAAUACAAGA